AUGGGUGAUGCGGGUGGCAGCAGUGUGGGUGGUAGUGGUGGGGAAGCUGAGGAGUUCAGCCGACGAUUUAACGAAGAGUUGACAGCCUAUAUGUCCCGCGAGAUAAAUCGGCUGAUACAAAGGGCCUUGCAGCCGCAGCAGCCGGCGGUACCUCGAUCCAUUGUCCACCGCCGAGGUUUGGUUGAUCGGGAUCACGUUGUUGCAUAUCAGCGGCUAUAUGAAGACUACUUCGCUCCGGAUCUGUGGUUUGGGGCCAACCUUUUCGGGCGGCGUUUUAGGAUGCGUGGGUCACUGUUUAUGCGUAUUGUUGACACUUUAGAGCGUCGAUAUAUGUGUUUCCGGUUCAGGCACGAUGCGGCUGGCAGACCCGGCCACACACCUAUACAAAAGUGCACAGCGGCAAUCAGACAGUUGACUUACGGAGGCGCGGCAGACAUGUGGGACGAGUACCUACACAUCGGUGAGACAACUUCCCUACUGUGGCUGAAGUUUUUCUGUCAGGGCUUCAUUGAAAUAUUCGGUGAGCAAUAUCUUCGAAGCCCUACCCCCGAAGACUGCCAGGAUCUGAAGCAGAUGUACGGGGAGAGGGAUUCCUGA